GGCUGGAGCAGGGCUGAGCCAUCUGGUAGCAGAAAGAGGCAGCCCCAGUCCAAGAAGGCAGCACUCACUAGAUCGUGCCCUAGGUAAAUCGGUUAGUGCUUGUCAGCGAACAGACCAGCCAAGCUCCUUUCGUGGGAGGAACCUUAGCACACCAGCGGUGGAAUGGAGACACGAAGAGGUGAAAUUACCGGCCGCCGGCUCCAGCCCUAGCCAGUAGCAGAGAUUUCCUCUCGGAGAUGGAAUCCACAUCGUCUGAAAUAACAGAAUUAAAAGAGAUCCACGGCAUACCCAUCUACGCAUCGUUUUGGGAAAAUUGGGAGCGAGUGGAAACGUUUCAGGCCAGGCCAGAUGACGUUGUCAUUGUUACCUACCCUAAAUCAGGAACUACCUGGAUCAGUGAAGUUGUGGACUUUAUUUACAAUGAUGGCGAUGUGGAGAAAUGCAAGCGGGAUGUGAUUUUCAACCGUGUCCCUUACCUGGAAGUCAAGUCGCCCGACAUGAAUGAAGGGGUCCAGCAGUUGAUAGAGAUGCCAUCUCCCCGUUUGGUGAAGACCCACCUGCCGGUUCAACUCCUUCCGGUUUCGUUCUGGGAGAAGAAGUGCAAGAUGAUUUAUCUGGCCCGGAAUGUCAAGGAUGUGAUCGUCUCUUUCUACUAUUUCCACCUAAUGGCGGACGGGCACCCCCCUCCAGGCACCUUCACGGAGUUCACGGAGACGUUUAUGAAGAACAAGGUACCUUAUGGGUCCUGGUUUGAUCACGUAAAAGACUGGUGGGAGAAGAGGAACGAUCAAAACCUUCUCUACCUCUUCUAUGAGGAUCUGCAAGAGGAUCCAAUGCGGGAAGUGCUUAAGGUAAGCCAAUUCCUGGGCAAGAGUUUGUCACAGGAGCAGCUGGAAAGAAUCCUGAAACAUACCUCCUUCAAAGUGAUGAAGAAAAAUCCUUCUACCAAUUAUUCGACCCUUCCAGAAAACUCUAUGAACCAUGAUGUGUCUCCCUUCAUGAGAAAGGGAAUUUCUGGGGACUGGAAAAAUCACUUCACCGUGGCCCUGAAUGAGAGAUUUAAUGAGCAUUACAGACAGAAAAUGGAGGGCUCUCUGCUUAAGUUCCGCACCGAUUUCCAAACGGAGCCGGCUAAGAUUUGAACCAGUUUCUUCGUCCUGAUCUUCUCCCUUCUUCAUUUACGCUGAUUGGCCUAGCAUCUUCUGCUGUUCUUUCUGAUGAGUAAAAAGGGAUGAGAAGACAAAUGGACAGGAAAUAACCCUGACACAAUCGGUCCCUCUCGCAAACUGUCGCUUCCCUCUCCCCAUCACUCACCUCUACGUGGCAGAGGGGAAAAGGAGGAUGGAGGUUGAUGACCCCUCUCUCGGGGCCCCAUCAUCACCAGAGCAACCAGCAGAAAGGAUCCGCAUUGGAAGUGACAAGGACUCACAUCCUCAGAGAUGUAGUCCCGCUUCCCAUCCAUGGGCAACAGUGGGAUCUGGGCUCCGACUAGGGUGACUCGCUCUGCUGGAAAGUGAGGUCUCAGUGGCCGCAUCUCUGGGAUAUUCAAGCCGACAACUGGAUCCCUUCACCAAGAAUGUAGCACUGAACCUCAGAUUUGUCACAUCCAUUAUGGGAUUGUCUCACUUCCAGUGGCCUCCCAGGUGGACACCUCCUCCCCGCCAUGGCCCCGUUCCACCUCCUCCUCCUCCUGGCCCUUCCUUCUACCUCUGUCUCAUCUACCAGCCUGCCUGUCUCUUCCCAACUUCCAAUUCCACCCCUCCCACUGCCUUAGGUGAGUGGAAGGUGGGGACCGAGACAGAAUUGAAAAUGAUGGGGGAAGCAGAAGGAGGAAGAGGGGGUUGGUUCACCUUCUACUGUUCCUGAAAAAUCUCAUCCAACCUCAGUCACUCCAUCUGGAAAAUGGAGGAAUAGCAUUUCCCUCUACUUCACUCUUUCCAGAAAUUUGUUUUGAAGUAGGAGUCGGUGGCAGGGUCACCGUAGAUAAGUUGCAGGAAAAAUCUGCUUGAAAAGUAAAUUUUCUUCUUGUUGAUAAUACAACUUUCAGUGAUCUCUCAUUUAGUUUUCUGAUCUCUUACCCUCGUUAUGUUGCUAUUCAAUAAAAAUCAUUGUAACACCGGC